AAAAAAUAUCAAUAUAUCUAAAACCCUAAAAAACACUAUCGUGCAUUUGUACUAUUCUUCUUCCUUUCCCUCUCACAUAAUCUCAACAAUCUGUCGCUUCCAACCUUCGCACAUCAAGCCUAGUCGUCUCACACUCUCCCGCUGCUCCUCCGCCGGCUGCACGCUGCUCUCCCGUCCAGUCACUUUCCAAGUCCAGAUGGUGGGAUUAUCCCUGGGAGAGAAACAUUUCAUACAGGGUGGUAUUGCUCAAGACCUUCGCUGUGAUGGCCGGAAAAGAUUAACUUACAGGCCCAUCUAUGUUGAAACAGGAGUCAUUCCGCAGGCAAAUGGUUCUGCUAGGGUCAGAAUGGGUGGCACAGAUGUUAUUGCCAGUGUGAAGGCUGAGCUUGGGAGGCCGAGUCAAUUACAACCUGAUAAAGGAAAGGUUGCUAUAAAUGUUGAUUGCAGUUCAACCGCAGCCCCAGUGUUUGAGGGCAGAGGGGGUGAGGAAUUGUCAACAGAACUCUCAGUUGCUCUACAAUGUUGUCUCUUGGGUGGUAAAAGUGGCUCAGGGGCAGGAAUUGAUCCUUCAUCUUUACUGGUGGUGGAAGGAAAAAUUUGUUGGGAUCUCUAUAUUGACGGCCUUGUUGUUAGUUCAGAUGGGAAUCUGCUAGAUGCUCUAGGUGCUGCUAUAAAGGCUGCUUUGAGCAAUACAGGCAUCCCAAGAGUCCAGGUUGCUUCUGGUGCCUCAGGUGAUGAUGAUCAACCAGAGGUUGACAUAAGUGAUGAAGAAUUCAUGCAGUUUGACACAUCUGGAGUCCCUGUCAUAGUCACAUUAACAAAGGUGGGUAAGCACUACAUUGUGGAUGCUACGGCAGAAGAGGAAUCUCAAAUGAGCUCAGCUGUCUCAAUCUCUGUCAAUAGGAAGGGCCACGUGUGUGGUUUGACCAAACGAGGUGGUGCAGGCUUAGAUCCAAGUGUCAUUCUAGAUAUGAUUUCGGUGGCAAGACAUGUCAGUGACCAGCUACUGAACAAAUUGGAUUCUGAGAUAGCUGCAGCUGAAGCUGCUGAAGAAGAAUCGUGAUCUAUCUUAUUCGACAUUUGAUAUUCAGUAAAUUGGUCUGUUCAGCAGGUCCUGUUAUAACAAAGUGUAGUUACUCAUAACCUUUCUAUUUGGAUAUCAAUAUGAAUUAGAAUCUGUUGUACGCUAAGUUGGCACUUUUUUUUAACCAUAGUUAGAUCAGUUUUCCAUGAAAAGAGAAUUUAUUGCAGAAGCAGUUAUUGUUCUU